AUGGUCCCCUCUUCGAGUCCUCGCCCGCGCCGGCGGGCCAGGCGGGGGACGGGGACGAGACACCGCUCGACGACCACAGGCCCUGUUCCCCGAGUGGGAGUUGAGCGGGAGGUGAAGGUGGCCGAGGAGCACGAGGAGCUGGAGUUGGCCAAGGCGGAGGAGGUCGUCAGGGAGGAGUUGACCAAGGCCGACGUGCCGAUCCCCAAGGCGCAGCGCUACGACCUGAAGACCACUUCGGGCGAGCUCUACAACUUCUUUGAGUUCGAGUUCAACCUCGAGUUGCGCGAGAAGGUUCUUGGCUCGCCAAAGAAGACGCUGGCCGCGACGAAGGGCGGGAGGAGGCCGCGAGCGAUGCUUCCCGUGUGGCAAGCGUCGAGUAGAUGGGGCAUGCGGAUGAAGACGAGCUCGAAGCCUACUGCAAUCUUGAGCAGCACCAAGAAUAAAAAAGCAGUUCUCGACGUGACGCAGAAGAUGACAACGUAG